CGGUCCGGGUGGGGCCCAGCGCGCACCAGAGAGCUGAGCUAACUGGGUUUCGCUGCGGUCCACGUCCCCGCGCGGGGCUGAAUCGCUGAAGUGGCUGCGCUGCGGUGUGAGGGCCACGGGCCUGCCGCGCCCGGGUGUUUCUGACACCACAGAGGAGCAUCUGCCUCUGUCCUACAUGUGCCUCAGGGAAUGCCAUGGCCUGGGAGUGCCCUGCCCAGCUGCUCUCACCUGCGAAGCCAGUCGUCAUAUGGCAAGUGCAGGAUGCCAAGCCCACAGCUGCCCAAAGAGGACAUCAGCCUGGCCUCCUAGUCUGCACUGACCAGCUGCCACCGCUCCCCGGACCACACAGAAGGCAACUGUUGACAGCCUGAAGGGCUGGCUGGCCGAGACGCCCAGAGACCACAGCCCUACUUCCAGCUCAUCCAGCAAGAUGUGGACGGCCCUGGUGCUGGUGUGGAUUUCCUCUGUGCCCUUAUCUAGAAGCUAUACGGUGACUGGCAAGCCACGACACUUAGUCACUACCAAGUGGCCCAAAGCAGUGAAUCAGAGCAUGCCAAGGGAUACAGUUGCAAGGGCUGAUAAUACAUCUGCAGAGAGAACAGCUGCAGUGCCACCUGCUCCGGUCACAUUGAAAACAGGGACCUGGGCAGCCACCCUGAACUCUACCAGAAUGACAGCAGAGAUGACAACACACAGGACAAACACGAGUACUCCAACAACCAGAGAGGGGACAACAGACAGUGUGACCUCCAGAACUCUGGCUGCACCUACAUCCUCGGGCCCCUCGUCUGCGGGGCAAACCCUGCCCACCACCAUGGCUGGGCCAUCCUCAGGACCCUCGUCUGCAGGGCAGACCCUGCCCACCACCAUGGCUGGGCCCUCCUCGGGCCCCUCGUCUGCGGGGCAGACCCUGCCCACCACCAUGCCUGGACUUCCCCCUCUCAGCACACCACGUGCAGAAGUGCCAAGAACAAAUACCAGCGUGUUGCCAAGGGCAAAUGCCAGCGUGUCGCCAAGAACAGCCAUAGCAACUGUGGCCCCCCACACUGUGACUGCUGCCGCAGGCACCAUAAUCACAAGUGAUCCUCACACAAGGACUCUGAGUCCUGCCAAAAGCACACCCACGAACACACCCAGCAGGAACCCCAUACCCACCUCAGGUGCCCAAACACAAGGUACCACCAUCCAGGUGACCACAGACCAGCCAGUGCAUAGCACAGCAGGUAGAUCAACACCUAGUUCCUCAAACACCACCCUGGAGCCCACCACCACCCAGUCUGUGGUUUCAGUGUCCUCUGCCAUAGUGACCACCACCCAGGUACAAACCAAGGAGCCAUCUGCCAGCACAGUGCCAGUGCUUCCUACCAGUCUGAGCCCUGCAGUAGAUGCCACAUCCCCCACCACACAACCAAGCCCUACAUUACCUACCCAGGGGACAGGUGGGACAGGCACACUCCUGACAACAGAGGGGGUGGGGACCACAACCACAGCUGGUACUGCCUCUGCUGGGCCAACAUCCAGGAGCUCAGGGGAUGUUAAGGUGCCAACCACAGAUUUAUGCCAUCCUAGCACCCAAGGCCAGUACCUAGUGGUCACUACUGAUGUUCUGACACCACCCUUGGCGAACAAAAUGUUACUUGUGGUGGUGCUCGUUGUUGGGGUGACCCUCUUCAUCGCAGUCCUGGUGAUGUUUGUCCUGCAAGCCUACGAGAGCUACAAGAAGAAGGACUACACGCAGGUGGACUACCUGAUCAAUGGCAUGUACGCGGACUCGGAGAUGUGAGGGCUUCGCGGGAAGCCAGCCUCUUCCAUGGCUUAUUUUGCCUCAGACCAAACUAAGUGCUUCCAGAUCCUCUCGGUGCAAUUUCAGAGCUGUGCCAGUUGUAGACACAGUUAAUAGCUGUCAGAUCAGCUCCACGAUCAUGAGAGAGCCGCCUUCUCAUAUUUAUUUUUCUAAACGAUCACAUCCACAGGAGUGGCCAGGGUGGGGAGGGCCUGGCACACUUGGCCCUCGGUGUGUGAAAUCUUGACCAGAAUUAAAAGCAAUGACCUCUCUC